AUGGGCAAGAAGCACAAGAAGCACAAGACCGAGUGGCGCUCCUCGUACGAGGAGUAUGCGGACAAACCCUUGGAGAAGCCUCUGAAGCUGGUUCUCAAGGUUGGAGGAAGUGAAGUGACUGAACUCUCUGGAUCUGGCCACGAUUCCAGUUACUACGAUGACAGGUCAGACCACGAGCGAGAGAGGCACAAGGAAAAGAAGAAGAAAAAGAAGAAGAAGUCAGAGAAGGAGAAAUAUCUGGACGAUGAAGAAAGAAGGAAACGAAAGGAAGAGAAGAAGCGGAAACGGGAGAAGGAACACUGCGACACAGAGGGAGAGGCAGAUGACUUUGAUCCUGGAAAGAAGGUAGAAGUGGAGCCGCCUCCCGAUCGGCCAGUCCGAGCGUGCCGGACACAGCCAGCUGAAAAUGAGAGCACGCCUAUUCAGCAGCUACUAGAACAUUUCCUCCGCCAGCUCCAGAGAAAAGAUCCUCAUGGAUUUUUUGCUUUUCCUGUCACGGAUGCAAUUGCUCCUGGAUACUCAAUGAUAAUAAAACAUCCAAUGGAUUUUGGCACAAUGAAAGACAAAAUCAUGGCUAAUGAAUACAAAUCAGUCACGGAAUUUAAGGCAGAUUUCAAACUGAUGUGUGAUAAUGCAAUGACAUACAACAGACCAGACACUGUGUACUACAAGUUAGCUAAGAAGAUCCUUCACGCAGGCUUUAAGAUGAUGAGCAAACAGGCAGCUCUUCUGGGCAAUGAAGACACAGCUGUUGAGGAACCAGUUCCCGAAGUUGUACCUGUACAAGUAGAAACUGCUAAGAAAUCUAAAAGGCCAAGUAGAGAAGUCAUCAGCUGCAUGUUUGAGCCAGAAGGCAAUGCUUGCAGCUUGACUGACAGCACAGCAGAAGAACAUGUGCUGGCUUUGGUGGAGCAUGCAGCAGACGAGGCUCGGGACAGGAUCAACCGACUCCUUCCAGGUGGCAAGAUGGGCUACCUGAAGAAGAGCGGAGAUGGGAGCCUGCUCUACAGCGUGGUCAACACGGCUGAGCCAGAUGCCGAUGAGGAGGAGACCCACCCGGUGGACCUGAGCUCCCUCUCCAGCAAGCUGCUCCCCGGCUUCAGCUUCACCACUCUGGGCUUCAAAGAUGAGAGAAGGAGCAAAGUCACAUUUCUCUCAAGUGCCAGUACUGCACUGUCAAUGCAUAAUAAUUCUGUAUUUGGAGACUUGAAGUCAGAUGAAAUGGAGCUUCUGUAUUCUGCCUAUGGAGAUGAGACGGGUGUGCAGUGUGCGCUGAGCCUCCAGGAGUUUGUGAAGGAUGCUGGGAGUUACAGCAAGAGAAUGGUGGACGACCUUCUGGACCAGAUCACAGGCGGAGACCACUCCCGGAUGCUCUUCCAGCUGAGGCAGAGGAGAAAUGUCGCCAUGAAGCCAUCAGAUGAAGUGAAGGCUGGGGAUUCCCUAGGAGAUGGUGGCUCCGUGCUGGAUUUCAUGUCAAUGAAGUCAUAUUCUGACGUCUCUUUGGACAUCUCCAUGCUCAGCUCUCUGGGGAAAGUGAAGAAAGAGCUGGACCAUGAAGACAGCCAUCUGAACUUGGACGAGACGACAAAGCUCCUACAGGAUCUGCAUGAGGCGCAAGCAGAGCGUGGGGGCUCCCGGCCGUCAUCCAACCUCAGCUCCCUGUCUAAUACCUCCGACAGGGAUCAGCAUCAUCUGGGAAGCCCUUCUCGCCUCAGUGUCGGUGAGCAGCCAGAGGUGACACAUGACCCGUACGAAUUUCUUCAGUCUCCAGAACCUCCAGCCUCUACAAAGAGCUAG